AUGCCGUACCUGAAAUCGGGAUCAGCCUCGUCCUCGGAUUCUGGGAAACCUGCCAGCAAUGCCUUCGAAGAGCUCGUGCAAGACCUCAGUGCUGCUCUAGGUCCCAGCUCCGGUCUCGACUCCGCUGAUGUUGACCCCAUUGAUAUCCAGCGCUUGAUGGAACGGUAUACCUCAAACCCGGAUGACUGGCUUUCCUUUGCCCUCGGGGACUCGAACAAGACCUAUACAAGGAACCUUAUUGAUGAAGGCAACGGGAAGAGCAACCUGCUAAUCCUGGUCUGGAGUCCCGGAAGGGGAAGCGCUAUCCACGACCAUGCAAAUGCUCAUUGCGUCAUGAAGGUCCUCAAAGGAACUCUCCAAGAGACCCUAUACACAUGGCCAGACCAAGACAAAGUCCAACACGGACAGGCCUCGCCUCCUGAGAUUACCAAGGUAACCACUUAUGGUGAAAACCAGGUCACCUACAUGUCAGAUAAGCUGGGCUUGCAUAAAAUCCACAAUCCAGACCCAAAUAACGUGGCAGUCUCCUUACACCUCUACACACCUCCAAAUGCCGCAACAUACGGGUUUAGUGUGUUCGACGAGAAAUCCGGCAAGGCAAGCCACAUCAAGCAGUCCCAUUUCUACUCUGUCCGAGGCGAACGAUGCUAAACGAUCACGAUCCAUUUUAUUCCCCUUUAUUCCCUCCGACGACUUACAGCACAUAUACUUUAUUCUUUCAACUCUCUCUACUCCCUUUCCCCAAUCCUCGUAAUGUUGUAGUCCACAAUAUGCCCCUCGCAUAGCCUCUUCUUCUUCCGGUCUUUUCUCUCUCUUUUUUUCCCCUUUUUUUUUUU